UUCUCCUCUGUUCGGACCGACCUCGCCGUGCGCGGGAUGCGCUAUUCGAGGAGCACAACUCGCGAUGGAUCCUCACGUUCGCUAUGAUCGCCGUCCACUUGUUCGAACUGGCCGAUGGCGCUCUGAUCCUGCUGAGGCGCGAGCAGCCCAGGCGAAAACUUUCACCCCAUGCUGGCCGCCGGGACGUCCAUCGUGGCCGUCGUGUUGGGAAUUUAUUACUACCAUAAAGUUGAAAAGUACGGCAGGCCGAGGAGGCUCUCCGUGCUGCUGAUUUUCUGGCCGUGCGUCGUCGCGUUGAAGAUGUCAAAGCUAGUGAUCCUCUACGGAAAGGACCUUGGCAUCGAGCAUGCAACUCUGGAAGCCACCUGGUUUGGGUUGGUCUUCUACACUUGCAAUGUUCCUUGUCGAGCUGUCGACUUUCUUGCAGAAGUUCUGCUCAUCACAGGCAGUACCAGUGCAAAUCGGAGCUCCGAGGGGAAGCCAACGGAGACGACCAAGUCACCUACCGAUACAGCCGUGCAUCGCUGCUCUCCAAGUGCACAUUCUUUUGGCUGGUGCCUCUCCUGCGACAAGGCUACCGUCGUACCAUUAGAGCUGGCUGACCUUGGCUUCCUGCCAGAAAAACAUACGAAUGAAAACCAGUUUCAGCGAUUUAAUUAUGUUUAUUCAAAAGAGAAGGUCAAGGCAGAGGCAAAAGGCACGAUGGUGUCACUGUGGUGUUGCUACUUGAAGACAUAUUGGAGGACUGCAUUAGCAGGUGGUCUCAUAAAAGUGAUAGGGGAUGUCAUUGGCUUGGUAGGUCCCCUGUCCAUCAGCCUCAUACUGGAGUAUGUGGACGAUGUUACCACAAACAAAAGCUCCAAUUCGAGUGCGGACUUGUAUCCAACUGCAGGUGAAGUCCUGAGCAAUGGCUACAUCUUAUCUUUCAUUAUCCUCAUCGCUACCUUCAUGCAGAGCACAUUUUCAAACAACUUCAACCACAUGGCCAUCAUGGAAAGUGUUCACGUGCGGUCUGCACUCCAGAGUCUGGUAUACCUUAAGUCUUUGUCCCUUGCCAGUGACAUUGACGUGGGCAUGGCUGUGAAUCACAUGUCAGUUGACUCCUUCAAUGUGAUGCUGCUGUUCUCCAUGGGCCACUACAUCUGGGCUGUUCCUGUCAAGCUGACCAUCCUUCUGGUGCUUUUGUACAAGCAGUUGGGAUACAGUGCCCUCGUGGGCGCAGCGACUAUCUACGUACUUGCCCCACUGCAGUAUUGGAUCUGCACCAAGCUGUCCGAGCUGCAAAAAGAGUCUUUGUCAAUAUCUGACAAGAGAAUAAAACACACAAGCGAAUUACUUCAAGGAAUUAAGCUGCUGAAACUCCACGGCUGGGAGAGGGUGUACGCCAACAUGGUCAAGCAAAUACGAAGAGAGGAGCUUGCCGUUCUGAGGAAGGAUGCCAUAUUCGUUGCCCUUAAUACUUUUAUCACACAGGGCUCUGCCAUCUUGCUCACCCUUGUGACAUUCUCUCUCUACUCUGUAAUUGAAGGCAGGCCACUCACGCCCGCACAAGUAUUCUCUGGGCUUGCCCUGUUCAAUCAGCUCACCGUUCCACUGUACAUCAUUCCUGUUGUCAUCCCGAUUGUCAUCAAUGCUAUUGUGAGCACAAAAAGAUUGUCAGAAUUCCUUAGCCAGCCUGAAGUUGGCACUGAGGCCCCAUGGAGGAAGAAAGAUGAUACCCCUAAGGCUGUUGUCGAGUUCCACCCUGAGAGCGGCAGUGUGCUGCUCAACAUCAGAGACAGUGAACUGCUAGACAAGUUCCUAGCAUCCACGGGUGAUGACUCUGAUGUAUUCUUGUCGGAUGCCUACUCUCCCAUCGACAGCCCUGCUGUGAUUAACAUGAACCACGCUUACUUCACGUACGACAAUAACACCAAAAUUCCAAUCCUUCAGGAUGUGAAUAUUACAGUGCCCACCGGAAAGCUCACCAUAAUAAUAGGACCAGUGGGAAGUGGAAAGACAACUCUUCUAGCUGGAAUGUUGGGUGAACUGACGCCAUACAAAGGAAGUGUUCACUGGGCAAACACCACUUGCAUUGCUUAUGUGCCACAAAAACCAUGGCUGUUGAAUGCUACUUUGAGGAGAACAUUCCUCUUUGGACAACAGUAUGAUGGCCGGAGAUAUCAUCAGGUGAUUCAAGCAUGUGCACUGCAGCCAGACAUCGACCUGCUACCAGCACGCGACAUGACUGAAAUCGGCGAGCGUGGUUUCAACCUAAGUGGUGGGCAGCGUCAAAGGAUCGCCCUAGCUCGGGCAUUCUACUCACCAGCCAAAGCGGUUAUCUUGGAUGACCCACUGUCAGCACUUGAUACUCAUGUCGGCAUGCACGUGUUUGAACAAGGCAUCAGGAGUCUCCUGCUAAGGAGGCACCGGACUGUUGUCCUUGUUACUCACAAGCAGGACCUGCUAAUUCAUGCAUCAAAGGUGAUCAUCUUGGAAGGAGGCAAGAUCAGAUGCCAAGGCAACCUGGCUGAGAUUGAGAAGCUGGAACCAGACUUGGCAACCGUUCUGAGCUGCUCCACCAAGCGGGAGGUCCCAUCUAGCCGAGACAACACGACCAAAGAGCGCCACAAGCUGAUGCGCAUGAUCACUAAACAGUCCCUGUACCUGCCCAACUCUGGUUCUACACAGGACCUGCGACAACAGCCACGCCCUGUCACACUAAGUCGACAGCUGUCCCACGACCCUUCGAGCCCGCUUCCCCUCCACGACCUGAGUAACGACGACACCAGUGCAGCGCCGCGCAGUAGCUGCACUCCGAGGCCCACAUCGGUCGGCUUCCGUUUCAAGGCCAGCGUCUCGACAGACAGCAUGCACUCGGCCUCCACUGGAGUCUCAAACUCUUCUUCGCUCGUCCGUAAUCCAUGGAUGCGUAGCCCUCCGUCUCGCCUCAGCUCACGGGUCUCAAACACGGCAGAAAAUUUCAUCGAAGAAGAGGAAGAGUACGAGGAGAGUGAAGGAAAGAAAGAGGGGUUACUCGCCAACGGUACUGGCCAGUUAGGGGACGAUGGGAUAACGGGGCCUCUUCUUGGUGGGCCCGACUCGCUCGCUCUCGCUGAAGAGGCCCAGUGGAAGGUGAUUGAGGACGAGGACAGGGAACAGGGCAAGAUACCAUGCUCGGUGUACCUCGACUACAUGAGGUCGUGCCGGCUACUGCUGGUGGCGUUGGUGUGCGUUCUGUUUGCGGCAAACCAAGGGGCCAGGCUGGGAUCAGACUUCUGGCUCACUGGCUGGUCGGAAGCGUCCAGAGACAUCAACGUCACCGUCCCAGCCAGCAAGGAUGAGCUGGCGUGGAGCUACCUGAUGGGAUACCUGGGUCUCUCUGUGUUCUGCAUCGUUCUUUCUCUGGUGACAAACAUAUCUGCCCAGCUUGUGUCCUUGCGGUCGGUCAAGGUGUUCCACAACAACAUGAUUGACAACAUUGUCCAGUGUCCCAUGAGAUUUUUUGAUUCCAAUCCGAUUGGAAGGAUCAUAAACAGAUUCUCAAGUGAUAUGGGCGUCAUUGACAAGAAACUUCCCGUGACAAUACCUGUCCUGUUAAGGUUCUUGAUGCUCUGCCUCUCAGCUAUACUGGUUGACGUCUGUGUGACGCCAUACUUCUCAAUAGUGGUGGUGUUGGUCGUAGCUGUCUACUACUACAUUCAAUCCUUCUUCCGGCACUCUUCAAGAGAGCUACAGCGCCUUGACAGUAUUACAAAGAGCCCUGUUUUCUCACACUUCUCCGAAACUCUGUCCGGGCUGAGUACAAUAAGAGCAUACAGGGAAGAGGGUAGGUUUGUAGAAAGGAUGAAUGAACACAUCAAUGACAACAAUUUGGCCUUCAUCAUGGUCAACUGCGCCAACUGCUGGCUUGGGGUAUCACUGGACUAUCUUGGCGGCGUAAUCCUCUUCUUAGCAACUAUUUCCUCCCUCACUGCGGCCAUUAUGGGAACAACCAGUACAUCCUUCGUGGGCAUUGCCAUGACGUACACAUUGCUUGUGCCUAUCUAUUUAAAUUGGCUCGUGAGGCAAGUCUCUAAUGUGGAGAUGUACAUGAGCUCUGUUGAGCGUGUCAACAAAUACUGCCAUUUGCCCAUUGAGCAAGUGCCCUCACCCGUUGAAGUGCCCCUUGACUGGCCUAGCAAAGGGGAGGUGCGAUUCGAAAAAGUCACGAUGACUUACGAGGCAGGCCUCGACCCUAUUCUGCGUAACGUCUCAGUCACUUUUGCACCCGGUGAAAAGGUUGGCAUUUGUGGACGAACAGGCAGUGGCAAAUCAUCACUAGUUAUGGGCCUUUUCAAGAUGGUCCCCGUCUGUGAAGGGAAAAUUUUUGUGGAUGACAUAGACAUCUCUCUGGUACCUUGCGAUGUGCUGCGCUCUCGCCUUGCCAUUAUACCCCAGGAACCAAUUCUCUUUUCUGGAACAAUCAGGCAAAACUUAGACCCCAAGAGGGUUCACACAGAUGAAGAGCUUUGGAACGUACUGGAAAAAGCUCAUCUGAAGGAAAUCGUUGCUCUGUAUGGUGGUCUGGAUGGCGAAGUUCAUGAAGAAGGGUCAAACUUCAGUAUUGGCCAAAAACAGCUGUUUUGCUUUGCCCGAGCUCUGCUGCAGCCCUCGAAGGUUCUCAUCCUGGACGAGGCAACCUCGUCCUUAGACGUCAAGUUGGACAACCUUAUACAGGAGACUGUACUCAAUGAGUGGGCCAACUCAACUGUACUGGCCAUAGCUCAUCGCGUGACCGGUUUGCUGAACUUCGACAAGAUCGUCGUUCUCGAAGCUGGUCACAUUGUCGAGUCUGGCUCACCGGCGGAGCUGAAGCAGAAGAGAGGAAGCAUAUUUAUGUCUCUCCUGAAGGAAGCUGAGCAGUAGCAGCGUAGAGAAAUGAUGUGCCAUCUCCAAAGCUCGGACAGGAGCAUCUCUGAACAGGGCCACAUACACACUACACUGUUGAGCAAACACGCACAGAUUCAAUUUUAUCUAAAACAGCACGCCACGCGAGGCACUUUAACUCUACCAUCUGCUGUACGUUCCAACUGCACCCUCAUUGUUUUGGGAAAAUACCUAGUAGAGAUACUUCCAAAAGCUUAUGACCGAAUGGCUUACUGCGGCUGGCAGUGCUUGCUCUAAUGUUAUAUUCAAGCACUGUAUCUGUAAGGCACUGUCUGAACUACCUCAUGAAAAUUGCUCCGACAUAUUUCAGCCUUUUGUCAGCAUGUCUUUUUAGCUGUUCCUUAAUGAUAAUCAAUAGAUAAUGAAUCCAAAGAAGGUACAGGAGAUGUUAUUUGUACUCUUUUAGCUGUGUUUUAGAAAUUAUGAUAUAGUAAGUGUGAAGAAAUUAAAGCGGCUGAAAAGACAACAUGCCGCCAGUUGAGACCGAGCCCGCAACCUUCAAAUGACGCUUCCGGUGCUCAACCGAUCGAGCUACGGCAGCAGUUGCUUUUCCGUCUUGCCUGUCUGGUAUUUUCAUGCAUGCAAACCUCGGUCUGGUAUAGUUGGUGCUGCUUGUGGUUGUGACAGCAAGUGUGGAACAUUCUUAUUUGCCAGUGGACAUCACGUAAUCCAUUUAGAAGCUGGUACCUGACCAAUAAGCCCACGCAUACUAGAAGGAAUCAAGUCUGCCGUAACGAGACCCCCGGAACGAGUGGGGUUUUAAGAGCUCACUUUUCUUUACAAUACACAACGUUAGUAACAACAAGUAACACAACCACAAUCGCCAGCUAAGGUGCACUUGGCUGUAGUUGUUCUGCAAAAGUUAUGUCUUAUUGUCCGUGUUUUAGCCACGAUAGUAGCGAGGUUGUAAUCCCAGCUAAAAUUUCUUGAUUAGUGUUGUUGUUCGGAGCGGACAAUUUUUUAUGUGCAUUUCUGCAAAUACUGACUGCAGGAUUUUAAUUUUGACCAAAUUGUGUUUUGUAUUGUCACAUACACUCAAACCUCGAUAUAACGAAUCUGGAUAUAACGAAAAUCGUUUAUUACAAAGUAAAUGAAAGAUAGUCUCGCUAUAGAUUUAGUGUUAGGAAUAAACCUUUAUAACGAGUUUUCAGAUAUAACAAACUUGUUUUCUUGUAAGAUUCAAGUUUGUUAUAAUGAUGUCCGAGUGUACAGUUGAGCCCCCUUCAGAAGAGACAUGCUCCGGGCAGCAAUUCUUGUCUCUUAUUAGCAGGGUACCUCGUAUGCAUAUUAUUAUCAACCCAUAUUUUACCGUUAGCACACUGGUCUCUCUUAUACCCAUUGUCUGUAAUAGCAGUGUCUCUUAUAAAUGGGUUCGACGUAUAUGUCUGAUUAAGCCUUAUGCUCGUUAUAAACAUCUUUCUUGGUAACACCGGUAGCCAUCGUGCAAAUGCUACAUCUGUUGUAGUUUCCCUGUUGAAGCACUGAGUUAUAUGUGCCAAGCACGCUGUGUAACAGCCCUAUUCCAUACCAGUGCGGGUUCUUUUAACAAGUGUUUAUUAAGCAUAUUUGGUUCCGACUGCCUAAGUGCCAUUUGCUUAUGUAAGUAUGUAAUGUGCCAUUAACUUACGUACAGCACUUGUUACACUCUCUUCUUGCAUCAGCCGAAGGGUUCACCAUUUUUCUCUGUCAUUGCCCCUUGCCAUCGUCCCUAUUACUGAGCAGCUUUUAGGAUUAUUUAUUGUUUUUUAUGUUGUGUCUUUACUUUUUUACUGUUCUGUGCUGAAGUUCAAAAAAAUGGUCAUUGCAUAGAAGGAGAUAUUUAUUUUACGGACGGAAUACUCUAUUUUUGCCAAUGUCACUUCAACACAUGUUCUUGAAGAAGUUAUUUAAUAAAGAUAUUUAUCAAGUAUGCC